CCAGCCGCACAGCACUGGGUCAGAAGCUGUAUCAAGUUGCUGGCAAAGAAUUUCCGUCAAGAGAUCAGGGCCUUCCAGCAGAAUGGCAUGGAAUGAAACUUGCAAAAGCUGGCAGUCAGUGGAGGAUGGCCUGGAAAAGUACUACCUUUCCAUUUUUUACGGGAUUGAGUUUAUUGUGGGAAUCCUUGGGAAUAGUGCUGUUGUUUUUGGCUACCUCUUCUGCCUGAAGAACUGGAACAGCAGUAACAUCUAUCUCUUUAACCUCUCUAUCUCUGACUUGGCUUUUUUGUGUACCCUCCCCAUGCUGAUGAGAAGUUAUGCCCAGGGAAAAUGGACAUACGGGAACGUGCUCUGCAUAAGCAACCGAUAUGUACUUCAUGCCAACCUCUAUACCAGCAUUCUUUUCCUCACUUUUAUCAGCAUUGAUCGAUACAUGCUCAUGAAGUAUCCUUUCCGGGAACACUUCCUGCAAAAGAAAGCGUUUGCUAUUUUAAUCUCUUUGGCCAUUUGGGGUUUAGUAACCUUAGAGCUCCUGCCCAUACUUCCUCAUAUAAAUCCUAUUAUAGAUGCCAAUGGUACCAUCUGUACAGAUUAUGCAAGCUCUGGGGAUCCCAACAACAGCCUCAUUUAUAGCCUGUGUCUAACCUUCUUGGGGUUCCUCAUUCCUCUUUUUGUGAUGUGCUUCUUUUCUGUCAAGAUUGCUCUCUUCCUAAAGCAGAGGAGAAGGCAGCUUGCUACUGCUUUGCCCCUUGAGAAGCCUCUCACCUUAGUCAUCAUGGCUGUUGUGAUCUUCUCUGUGAUUUUUACUCCCUACCACAUCAUGCGAAAUGUGAGGAUUGCCUCACGUCGGGCCACCUGGAAGCAGACCCCAUGCAGUAAAGCCAUCAUCAACUCCCUGUACAUCAUGACUCGGCCGUUGGCCUUUCUGAACAGUGUCAUCAACCCUGUCUUCUACUUCCUUAUGGGAGACCACUUCAGGGAGAUGUUGAUGAACAAACUGAGGCAUCACUUCAAGAUCCUUACCUCCUUCAGAAGAUGAGCUCACGGACUAACAUUUUCAUUCAAGGAAAAGUGAGAUGCUUGUAAAACAGAUUGUUUUACACAAGCAGCUGUAGGCCAGUUAGAGUUUGAUUUAUCUCAUAGACGUAAAUCAGAGAGGGUCACAGACUUGACCCUGUUUUAGAGGCUUGUUGGACCCAGGGUGUGUGAAAAGAAGAGAAUGGGAAGCAUAUGUUGGUUUCUUGACCUCAGCAUUGAAGAGAGUUGGACUAGCACUGUCUAAUGUUUGAACACAUGAGUCCAAAAUUCUAAGUGUUACAAGACCUUCUCAAUCAGUGUAAAAGGAACAGAAGAUAGAUAAAACAGCAAGUUGUCUGUGUUUAAUCCUUGGUCAGAUCGUAAAAAAUAAAAAUAAAAAAAUUGUG